AUGUCGUCAACGUCCUCGUCAAGCUCGUCCCCCGCAGCAUGGCCGGUGCAGCCCACGCCGCAUGCACUGCCCCCAUCGGUGCGCAAUCAAGCUCGUACUCUUGCAUGCGAGAUGUGCUGGCGACGCAAGCUCAAGUGCGAUCGCGAUCCGCCCUGCUCAAACUGCAUAAAGACUGGCUUGUCUUGCACCCCUAGGACUACCAUCUCUGAACCAAAGUGUCGACGUCGAAAUGAGGUUGAAAGUGAAGACCUCCGAAAACGUCUCGCACGAUGCGAGGAGCUCCUGCAGGAGUACACAAACAGACACUGCGUCGACGGCCUUGGUUCAUCUGACCUCUCAUCUACAAAUGCUGCUGAACAUGGGGAUCAAGAAUAUAGUGCCGACCAUAGUAAUCUUAAGACCAACUUCAUGGUCUCUCCCGCCGUCAAGUUUGUCCAGGACAAUGGUGUGUCUCGCUUCAUGGACAGCCGUCUCUUUGGGACUUUAAUAGAAGAGUUACAAGCGGUGCGAGCUCUCAUUGAAACGACGCAUCUGAAGAACGUCAACGUCUUCGCCCAGGGCGAGUUCAUUUCAAACGACUUGAUCGACCCUCUGCAGAUGUCAUCUUUCUUUCACUCAAGUGUUGACAAGCUUCUUCCGGAGCCAAUCCAAAUCUUUACUCUCUGGCAAACCUAUCUCGAUAGGGUUAAUCCAUUGACCAAGAUCAUCCAUGUCCCUACUGUUCAGCCUUUGAUUAUGCAGGCCAUGGCUGAUUGGGCUGCCCUUUCUUUGCCUCAUCAGGCGUUAUUAUUUAGUAUUCUUGCCAUGGCUGUGGUCAGUCUCGAUGAGACUGAGACCGUCCAGUUGUUGGGCGUCGCGCGGGAAAAAGCCAUACAAGACUUUAACGCUGGCACGAAGGUUGCCCUAAAUCGGUCGAACUUCAUUCAGAACUACGACAUGGUAACCAUACAAGCGCUUCUUAUCCAUCUGAUGUCUUUGGACGGUCGUGCAGAUCGCCAUUAUAUUUGGAUAUCAAACGGCGUUCUUGUGCGCAUAGCUCAAAAGCUAGGAUAUCAUCGGGAUGGCGAACAACUGAACCUGACCUCGUUUGAGACUGAGAUGCGCCGCCGGAUAUUCUGGCAAAUGCUCAUGCAUGACAGCAAAUCGGCCGCUCUUUCCGGUGUCAGCUCUCAGUUUAGUGCCAUUAAAUGGGACACUGAAAAGCCCAGUAAUUUGAACGACGCUGACCUCUUUCCGGACUCAAAGGCGCCAGUCAAGGCAAGGCCAGGACCGACCGAAAUGAUCUUUGUCACGGUCACAUGCCACAUAUACUGGCUGCACAAGUUUGCUCACGAAGAUAACGCUGUAGAUUUCGAGGCGGCGAUUAUGGGCGAAGAUAUUGAGGGCGAGAACGAUUCUUCCAUACGUCAUCGAGCCGUAUUGGCAAAGAUGCGCUCUCGCGUUAUCGAUCUAAUUGGCAAACUGGUCCAUGAUUACCACAGAUCUUUGACCUAUGAACUUCAUCCAGAAUUAUUUGAUGUAUCACAAGACAUGUACUUGACUCAGGGACAGCUCACCCUGGUCGCUUGGAGAGCACGAGAAGCUUCACAUGCUCGUGACGGUUGGUCAUUGGACACACCUGCAUAUAUUGUGCAGUUGCGUGGCAUUAUACCUUUCGAAGACGGCAAUCCUGACACCAACAGCUACCCUGAUACCAACACCUCUAUCGCCGCUGGCUACCAAAUAUCUCGGUCGGAUGCUUUGCUGCAGCAGCUUCAACUCCCACUGCAGACGGACAUGCAGGUCGGGCCUCAUGUGACUUCGAACACGAGUGUCUCGUCAUUUGACUCAGACGUUUUUGGGUCUGUAUUGCCAAGCUAUUACGCAUAG